CGCGCCCCGGAUAUGCUGGGACGGCCCGCGCCACUAGAACGCUUUGCGUGCCGGCGCCCGCAGGUCCUCGGGGUCCGCACCGUUUGCGACUUGCUUUUGAGAAAAGUCCCAUGAAUUGGAUGACACCAAGUGGCUCUGUGUCUGGAAUUGGUGGGUUCUUGGUCUCACUGACUUCAAGAAUGAAGCCGCGGACCCUCGUGGUACUUGGAAAAAUGGACAAGGCCUGUGAAAUGAAACGCACCGUGCUGGACAGCCCUCUGGGGAAGCUGGAGCUGUCUGGUUGUGAGCAGGGUCUGCACGAAAUAAAGCGCCUGGGCAAGGGGACGCCUAAAGCUGAGUUCUCAGUUUGUUACCUCCUGAGCAGUGGAGGGCUGGAGGCCUGGGUAGGAGUGCCUGGUGCCGCCUUAGAAGAUUUGAUGUGCGCGUGUGUCUGCGGGUGCUGGAGUGCCAUGGAGGUCCCAGCCCCUGCUGAGGUUCUCAGAGGUCCGGAGCCCCUGAUGCAGUGCACAGCCUGGCUGAAUGCCUAUUUCCACCAGCCCGAGGCUAUCGAAGAGCUCCCCGUGCCGGCUCUUCACCAUCCCAUUUUCCAGCAAGAGUCGUUCACCAGACAGGUGUUAUGGAAGCUGCUGAAGGUUGUGAAAUUCGGAGAAGUGAUUUCUUACCAGCAAUUAGCAGCCCUGGCAGGCAACCCCAAAGCCGCGCGAGCUGUGGGAGGAGCAAUGAGAAACAAUCCUGUCCCCAUCCUCAUCCCAUGCCACAGAGUGAUCUGCAGCAGCGGAGCCGUGGGCAACUACUCCGGAGGACUGGCCGUGAAGGAAUGGCUUCUGGUCCACGAAGGCCACCAGGCGGGGAAGCCAGGCUUGGGAGGGAGCUCAGGUCUGGCAGAAGCCUGGCUCAAGAGAGCGGGGGCUACCUCGGGCUCCCCGCCUGCUGGCCGAAACUGAGCGUGUGCAGUAGGAUGGAUGUUUGAGCGACACACACGUGUAACACUGCAUCAGACAUGGGCCGUGGAGGCACCACUGUAUUAAAGGAGGUGACAGUGUCCUGGGAACAAGCGUGUCUGCCCUCUCUGUUUCUGUGUUUUCCAGCAGGAUGAGUUCAGACGCCCGCAGUCCUGCACACAUUUGUUUCCUUCUCUAACGCUGUCCUUGCUCUAUUUUUCAUGUCCAUUAAAACAGGCCAAGUAAGUGGGGAAGGCCUGGCUCAUGUUGGGACCACAGCCCAGGAUGGGACAGUCUGGCACCGUCAGGCCACAGACGGCUGCCACAGCCACUGUCCACAGCCAGCUAAGGCCUGUCCCAGGCCGUCCACACUAGAAAGCUGGCCCUGCCCCAGCACAUCCCCACCAUGCCUCCCUUCCUAGCUGUGUCCACAGCUGUGAUGACAUUUUCCACUCACAGUUCCUAGCAUCCCACACUCAGGUCUCACUGAAGGAAAUGGGAACAGGCCAUGGAAGUCAAUGCUUACAGAGGUUUUCUAGCUUUGUUUCCUACCUGCCAAAAAGGCUAAUGCAAGAUACAUCCACUAUGCUCUGUAUCCGGUGGGUAGAAAAUAACCAUUUGCCAAGAUUUGGAAAGACAAAGAGCUCUCUGGACACGGGUUCGAUGGAGUUUGCACCUCUCUGAGAGCUGAAGUCGAGUCUUACCCUCGCUCCAUACUCACUGGCCUAGUGUGCUCUGGGCAGCAGGUAGGAAGGGACACAGGCCUCUCAUCUCAGGGGCUGCCCCAAAGGGGCCUCAGGGACCAUGGACCUGUUAGGACCCCAGCACCCCAAUGUCGAUCCUGGAAGUCAAGGGUCGCGACUGUGGUGGGCCAGCUCAUGUCACUGAUGGCAGCAGGGAGGGUUGCCAGCAUGGGCAGUGCGCUGCCGUCUGAUACUUCAUUAUCGUGUUGUCAUGCUAGCAGUAUAAUUAACUAUAUCCAAAAGCCAGAGGGAAACCUGUAGCUCUGCAUAUGGAGAAAUAAAACAGCAUAUGAUGUAUAGAGAAAAUAAACCGCACCCAGCUGUGCA